AUGGAUGACUCUCGACCAACUAAACGCGCACGACAAGCCUGCGAGCCAUGUCGUCGCAAGAAGUCCAAGUGCCCUGGAGAGAAGCCCGCGUGCUCAUACUGCGAGCGGCUUGGUCAGAUAUGCGUGUAUGAAUCAGGCUCUGAUGGCCAAGGUCAACGAGCUCGCUCGGAUAGAUCGUUGGAGACUCGGAUGGAGACACUGGAAGAGAAAUUGGACUUGUUUAUCGACCGCCUCGAUCCUGUGAUAAAUGAUUCACGGCGGCGUUCCGCGUCACAGCAGGAAGGAGGCCAUACACCGAGAUCCAUGGUCGGUCAAGAUGAGCUACCAUAUACCAGUGAAAUGGUAGACCUAGGGCAAGCGUCAGGCCCAUCAUCACUCGUCGAGCCCAGAAGUGAUGAACUAGCCUCUCUUUAUCUGACCUGGCUUCAUCGGCAACCCUUGGUCCUUUUCAACGCCGAAACAUUUGCAGAGUCGCUACCACGUAGAGAGACAGAGCUGGUCUUAGCACUACAAGCAUUAUGUCUUCGCUUUCCUCCUCGGUUAUUGAGUCAGCAGUAUCGACAACGUCUUCAUGCCAUGGCACAAGCCUCCAGGGAAAUCGUGACGAACAAAGUCUUCGGUGGCCGAGUCGACUGUUCCGUCUUGCAAACACUGUGUCUUUUGAGUCUCUUCGAACAUGCAGCAGGAAAUACUGUUCAAGCAGGGCUAUAUCUCAGUACAGCGAUUCAGCUACUGAGCGGGGUUCCUAAGGGUAGCUUCCUCGGUGACGCCGUGGAAUUCAACAACUGCAUUAGAAGCAUCUUCGUGCUUCAUCACUUACAGGGUAGUGUUUCUUCAAGUGUAUGGCCCACUUCCAUGUCACACGGAGAGGACUCAACACUAGGAACAGCAACGUGUUCGGCAUGGUUACUUCCGCCAGAGAAGUCAUUACAAUGCGACAUGGACCGAGGGAUCAUGAAAUAUACCAUCCCUCUUGCUCAAGCUUGGCGUGCAGUCCGAUCAUACGCUUCCCGUCGUGUUUUCUCAGACACACUGCCCCCGUGGAAUCCGCGCUCCGACUAUUCCCAAGUUACAUAUCGACACCUUGAGAUUGAUUGUAGCGUACCGCUCAAAUACCGAUUCUCUGCUAAUCAGAUUGACAAGCAGACACCUGAAUCUCUGCAACAAAACAGGGGGUAUUGGGGCCCUUACCUAUUCACCCAAUUCGUCUAUGCUUCCAUUCCUGUCAUUCUCAAUCAUCCAUUUCUUUUAUCAAUGCGACUUCGACACUUUCGACACACUAUGCCACAGUCAUUUGUCAACAGCUCUUUUGACGCGAUUACCCGACAUAUUGGAUGGAUCAUGUAUCAUCUUGACGUAUUGGAGAAGAUGGACUAUCGAGUAUCUGACCCGACCUUGGCCCAUAUUGUUGCAGUAGUUGCCACCAUUCAUCUGCAGCACAGUUUUGUGGAAGAAUUUGCUUUGCGUGAGAAGGCAAAGGCCGGAUUUGAGAAGUGUCUUGAGUUCUUGAGAUGCGUGGGCCUAACAUGGCAUGGCGUUGGUAUCAUGCAUGAAAAUCUACGAAAACUGCAGCAGAGCAUACAGGUUGUGCCACUAGGCAGCGAAGAGCCUGGUCUGGGAAGACAAACACAGCAAAAGUUCACCAUCGAUACGAGACUUCUUUGGGAUAUUCUGUCCUAUGAGCAUGCUGGUAGACAGGAUGCACGCGCCGAUGAAUCCAUUUACCGCGGCCUGGCAUCAACCCACCAGGACACGGCAAGAGGCGGUAACGAAGACGGCGAUGCAUAUGAUUUGGUCGGCUCAGCUGGAAUCAUUGGGCACAAGACCGUGCCAAAGGACACGCCUCUCUACGCUCCGGGUGAGGGUGAGGAUCUCUUCAACAGAAUAUCCAAGAGGGGUUCGGAUCUGCUAUGGAACCUGAUAACAUAUUUCCGCAAGUGCACGACUUUGGAAGGGCUAUUGACGAGUGGUUGA